AUGACGGACACCGAGACCUUUGCCUUCAACGCUGAUAUUCAGCAGUUGAUGAGUUUGAUCAUCAACACCUUCUACAGCAACAAGGAGAUUUUCCUUCGUGAGCUGAUUUCCAACGCGUCCGAUGCGCUGGACAAGAUCCGCUAUGAGGCGAUCACGGACCCGGAGAAGCUCAAGGGCGCCGAGCGCCUCUUCAUCCGCAUCGUCCCCAACAAGCAGAACAACACGCUGACGAUUGAGGACGACGGUAUCGGCAUGACGAAGGCUGAGCUUGUCAACAACCUGGGUACGAUUGCGCGCUCGGGCACCAAGGCGUUCAUGGAGGCCCUCCAGGCUGGCGGCGACAUCUCCAUGAUUGGUCAGUUUGGUGUCGGUUUCUACUCGGCUUACCUCGUUGCGGACAAGGUGACUGUCGUCACCCGUCACAACGACGACGAGAUGUACGUCUGGGAGUCAAGCGCUGGCGGCUCCUUCACUGUCUCCAAAGCCGAGGGCAACUACGAAAACAUCGUGCGCGGCACACGCAUUAUCCUCCACAUGAAGGAAGACCAGACCGAGUACCUGGAGGAUCGGCGCCUGCGUGACCUCGUGAAGAAGCACAGCGAGUUCAUCUCCUUCCCGAUCGAGCUCGCCGUUGAGAAGAGCGUCGACAAGGAGAUCACGGAGUCCGAGGACGAGGAGAAGAAGGAGGGCGAGGAGAAGGAAGAGAAGAAGGAGGAGGGCGAAGGCGAGGAGAAGACUGAGAAGGAGGAAGGCGAGGAGGGUGAGAAGAAGAAGAAGACCAAGAAGGUCAAGGAGGUCGUUGUUGAGUACGAGCAGCUCAACAAGCAGAAGCCUCUCUGGAUGCGCAAGCCUGAGGACGUCACAUGGGAGGAGUACUGCGCGUUCUACAAGAGCUUGACGAACGACUGGGAGGACCCCAUGGCCGUCAAGCACUUCUCUGUCGAGGGUCAGCUCGAGUUCAAGGCGCUGCUUUUCCUCCCCAAGCGCGCGCCCUUCGACCUCUUUGAGACCCGCAAGAAGCGCAACAACGUCCGCCUCUACGUGCGGCGCGUCUUCAUCAUGGACGACUGCGAGGACUUGAUCCCGGAGUGGCUCAACUUUGUCCGCGGCGUCGUUGACUCUGAGGACCUGCCACUCAACAUCUCGCGUGAGUCGCUGCAGCAGAACAAAAUUCUCAAGGUCAUCAAGAAGAACUUGGUCAAGAAGUGCCUCGAGAUGUUCCAGGAGCUCGAAGAGAAGAAGGAAGACUACAACAAGUUCUACGAGCAGUUUAGCAAGAACCUCAAGCUCGGCAUCCACGAGGAUACCUCCAACAGGAACAAGAUCGCCGAGUUGCUCCGCUUCCAUACGAGCAAGAGCGGCGACGAGGUUGUCUCGCUCAAGGAAUACGUGGACCGCAUGAAGGAAAACCAGAAGGACAUCUACUAUAUCACCGGCGAGUCUCGCCAGUCGGUCGCCUCCUCCCCCUUCCUGGAAGCCUUGCGCAAGAAGGGCUACGAGGUCAUUUACAUGACCGACCCGAUCGACGAGUAUGCCGUUCAGCAGCUCAAGGAGUUCGACGGCAAGAAGCUGCGUUGCUGCACGAAGAAGGGUCUCGAGUUGGAUGACGACGAGGACGAGAAGAAGAAGUUCGAGGAGUUGAAGCCUGAGUUCGAGCCGCUGUGCAAGCUGAUGAAGGAGGUGCUCCACGACAAGGUCGAGCAAGUCGUCGUGAGCAAUCGCAUCAUCGACUCGCCCUGCGUGCUGGUCACCUCCGAGUAUGGUUGGUCCGCCAACAUGGAGCGCAUCAUGAAGGCGCAGGCUCUGCGCGACAACUCGAUGACGACCUACAUGGUCUCGAAGAAGACUAUGGAGAUCAACCCGCUGAACCCGAUCAUGGCAGAGCUGAAGAAGAAGUCCAGCGCAGACAAGUCGGACAAGACUGUCAAGGACCUCAUCUGGCUCCUCUUCGACACUGCGCUGCUCACCUCUGGCUUCUCCCUCGACGAGCCGACGCAGUUCGCGGCGCGGAUCCACCGCAUGAUCAAGCUCGGUCUCUCAAUCGACGAAGACGAUGACCUCAAGGCUGAAGACGACUUGCCGCCUCUUGAGGAAGUCGAGGGCGCCGCCGAGGAGGUCUCCAAGAUGGAGGAAGUCGACUAA